AAGCAGACAAAUCUCUUCUCACUCUUUUCCUGUUUUCCUCUUCCCCUGUCUCCUGUCUCCUGUCUCCUUCCAUCUCCUCCUCUACAAUGUCUUUGCAGUUGCAAACCUCCACGACACUCUUCAGAAACUCCGCCCUAUCUACCUCAUCCCAAAGACUCUUCUCACCAAGAACCGUCUCUCUUCGCCAAGAAACAUUACGAGGAGUCAGAUGCAGCAUUAGUGGACUCGGUGGAGACGCAUGGAAGCAAAAAGCAGUUCCUAACUCCAACUACGUAGUCCCUAUGGACGACAAGUUCUCCUCCUCCUCCUCCAUCACUCGUCCUCUCAUUGAGAUUCUUCGUGAUCUCAACAAGAAGAUCCCUGAUAACAUCGUCAAGAGCCAUGGUCCUGGAUCCAAUGCCUCUUCUUCUGGCUUCAUCCCCUGGUACCAUGCAAACCGUAUGCUAAGCUUCUACGCACCAGGUUGGUGUGGGGAAGUACGAGAUGUUGUUUACUCUGAGAAUGGCUCUGUCACCGUUGUUUACCGUCUCACCAUUCGUGGCUCUGAUGGUGAGGCAUAUCGUGAGUCUACUGGGACUGUAACGAUGAGUGACGAUCUCAUUGAUGAUCCAGUUGCUGCAGCUGAGGAGUUGGCAUUUUGCAGAGCUUGUGCUCGGUUUGGUCUUGGCUUGUAUCUGUAUCAUGAGUCGUAGGGUUGGUAUACUUCAAGUGUGCUUACCUUGUUUUUUGGUUGAUGAGUCUAUCAACUUGUUUGAUAGUGACCCUUAUGUGAAUCUGUAAUGAUGUUCACAAACAAGUUAUAAAUAAUAUAAGUAUUUU